GAGUGCCUUGCUCUUUCCGCCUGAAGUCCUGCCAACCCCAGAUGUCAUUGCUACCGACUGCCAAUUCGAACGGCCAGUCAGCAUCAUACCCCUACGAUGACCAUAUCCGGCAAGUUCGAAGAUCUUCAAAUCCAUUUCCACUUAUCUUGAAGCGAAUACUUAGAGUCCCACAUAUGGAUUUUGAGUUUGCAAUGUGGCAGAUGGCAUACUUGCUGAUAGCUCCUAGAAGAGUUUAUCGAAACAUAUAUUAUCACAAACAGACGAAGAAUCAGUGGGCCAGAGAUGAUCCAGCAUUUCUCGUCCUCAUGUCUAUAUUACUAUGCACUUCAGCAGUAGCAUGGGGUCUGGUAUAUGGGCAUGGCUUUCUUGGUAUAUGUAAAAUGAUGCUCUAUAUGGUGUUUGUGGACUUCCUUCUCUUUGGAUCUGUGGUGGCAAGCGUUUGCUGGUUGUUCUCCAACCGAUUUCUCCGAGUGACAGCAUCUCAUUCUAUCGAACAGCGCGUGGAAUGGGCCUAUGCGUUUGACGUACACUGUAAUGCUUUCUUUCCAGUUUUUCUUAUACUCUAUGUGGCCCAGUUCUUUUUUAUUCCUAUACUAGUACGAAGUUCCUGGAUAUCGCUGUUGAUUGGCAACACCAUGUACUUUUCAUCAUUCGCGUGGUACGCGUACGGCACUUUCCUCGGAUAUAACGCACUUCCCUUCCUCAUUCACUCUGAGAUAUUUCUGUAUCCAAUAGGCAUUUUCCUCAUAUUAUGGGUUGGAUCACUUUUCGGAUUCAACAUAAGUCGCACUAUGUUGCAAGCAUACUUUGGGUCAUAACAAAUAAAGUGGUUACUUGAAUUUUAACAAUGAAAAAGAAA